AUGUCACGCACCCCGCUAGUCCGGUCGUCGCCCGCCCUGGGCUCAACCUCAUAUGGCGCCGUACGUAUUCCCCAUGACUCUCUCGACGCCGAUCUAUCAGGACGGAGCAAUGCUCGUAGGUUAGUGAAUGGGGGAUUCCAGCGUACGAGUCUCGAGAGUGGUGCGGGCCCAUCGCGGGAUGCACAAGAUCGGUCCAAACCAAAACGCUCGCAUUCAUCAGGUCGAAGAAGCAGUGGGUGGUAUAGAGAGGCCCACAAUCGAAGACCCUCCUCUGCUACCUCAGAUGUGGGCAUGGGUGCCGACUCAAAAUUCUCAUUCGCGACGGGACUAGCGGUGCCUGGAAAUUCUGUGAUGCAGGAUACCCCCGUCUCUUCCCCUUAUAUGACAAGUGAUGAGGAAGAUGUUCUGGAUGUUGAGGAUGAGGAUUCAAAAUCUCCCGAGGAGGAUCCUCCGGACAAUUCCCCAUAUGCACAAGUUCGAGCAACAGUACCAGCGACAGACGACAUCACUCUGUCAAUCAACACCCCUCGUAUGUGGAUUCUCUCGUUGCUCUUCUCACUUACGGGCUCCGCUGCGAAUCUCUUCUUCUCCCUUCGCUACCCGAGCGUGGCAAUUACCCCGAUUAUUGCUCUGGUUCUAGUCCAUCCGCUGGGAAAGUUUUGGGAUGUGAUCUUGAAACGGACCGAUGAUCCCCUUGAGGUGUUUGAGAAUGGAACCCUCGACCAUCGCGAAUCUCUGGCUGGCGAAAUUGAUCUCCCUAACCACUCAUGGGUCUCCAGAGUCCGACUCUGGCUCGCCCAAGGCCGUUGGAAUGAGAAGGAACAUGCUUGUGUCUACAUUAGCAGCAAUGUCUCGUUCGGCUUUGCCUUUGCAACUGACGUGAUCGUCGAACAACAUAAAUUUUAUAAUCAAGAGGUCCCAGUCAUGUAUCAAUUGCUGCUGAUCAUCUCGACUCAAGUCCUGGGUUACGCUUUUGCUGGCUUGACCAGACGGUUUCUAGUACGGCCAUCCGCGAUGAUCUGGCCGGGAACUCUCAUGUCCACUGCCAUGUUUUCCACAAUGCACAAGACCGCCAACAAGAAGGCCAAUGGAUGGAGUAUCUCCCGCUACAAGUUUUUUAUUUUGGUUUGGGGAGGGGCCUUUCUUUGGUAUUUUGUCCCAGGCUUACUGAUGCCUGCCCUGAGCUAUUUCAGUGUGAUCACUUGGUUUGCUCCCAAGAGCGUUGUCGUCUCCAAUCUUUUUGGUGUGGCCUCGGGUCUUGGAAUGUUUCCUGUGACGUUUGAUUGGGCUCAAAUCGCGUAUAUUGGUUCCCCUUUACUCACGCCCUGGUGGGCUGCAGCGAAUAUCGUUACCGGACUGGUAGUCGUGAUUUGGAUCAUUGCCCCCAUAUUAUACUAUAAAAAUGUCCUAUUUUCGUCCUUUAUGCCUAUUCUCUCAGCGGCUGUGUUCGAUAACGAGGGUCAUCCGUACAACGUGAGCCGAAUUUUGACUCCAGAGUUUGUGUUCGAUCAGAAGGCCUAUGAGGACUAUUCGCCCGUCUAUCUCCCUAUUACCUAUGUGCUAUCAUAUGGAGUUCAAUUUGCGGCCCUUACCUCCCUAGUAACCCAUACUGUGUGUUGGUAUGGCAAGGAUAUUUGGCAGCAAACUCGCCGGGCAUUCGAGGAACGACGAGAACUUCCAGACCUUAGCACAUAUGAACCCCUGCAGCGUGAAAAUGGUCACCCGCAGACUCGCCGCAGUUCUGAUAUCCCUAGAGACUCACAAGAUGCUCCUCGAGAGGAGCCGUUGGGAAUGGAGGAUGUCCAUUGUCGCCUCAUGAGACGUUACAAAGAUGCUCCACUCACAUGGUAUCUCAUCGUGCUUGUUACGAUGCUUGUCACUGCCAUAUAUACCGUGGAACACUACCCAGUCCACCUGCCUUGGUACGGAUUGCUCCUAGCACUGGGCAUGACGAGCGUGUUUUUCAUACCGGUCGGUAUCAUCAUGGCCGUGACUAAUCAACACAGCAGUCUCUAUUUAAUCUGCCAACUCCUUUGUGGCAUCGUCUUUCCCGGACGGCCCGUUGCGAACAUGAUCUUCGUGACCUACUCUUACAUCAGCUCUGCUCAAGGCAUCAAAUUCUCCUCCGAUCUCAAGCUCGGCCAUUACAUGAAGAUUCCACCUCGCAUCCUAUUUAGCGUACAGAUGGUCGCAACGUUGGUAUCUAGCUUAACCCAAAUUGGCGUGUUGAAUUGGAUGUUUACCCACAUCCCGAAAUUGUGCACUCCUCAGGCGUUGAAUGGUUUCAACUGUCCGAUAGCUCGAGUGCACUUCAAUGGAAGUAUUCUCUGGGGUGUCGUGGGCCCGCAACGAUUCUUUGGCCCAGAUGGUCUCUACCGGCCCUUAGUGUGGGCAUUCUUGAUUGGCGCCGUGGCCCCGUUGUGCGCUUGGGCGCUUGGCCGACGAAGCAAGAAAAGCUUUUGGCGCAAGGUUAACUUCCCCAUACUUUUCGGCAGUCUCAGUUGGAUCCCCCCGGCUACGGGAUUGAACUUUUCCACCUGGGCAUUGGUAUGCUUCGUGUUCAAUUACGUGAUCCGGCGCCGCAAGACGGCUUGGUGGGAGAAAUAUGCCAUGACCCUAUCGGCCGCCUUGGACUCAGGACUCGCAUUCGCCGUGGUGAUCUUGUUCUUUGCUCUCAUUUACCCCGGGUGGGUCGCUGGGUUCCAAUGGUGGGGGACGGAGAUUUACAAGCAAGGCUGCGACUGGAUUGCCUGUCCAUACCGGCGUCUGGAGCCAGGGCAGAAGUUUGGAACUUGA